AAAAACCCUAAAUUCAUUCGUCAAAGCUAGAGACAGAAAUUAUCUUCUUUUUUCUUGUGCAAUUUAUUUGCAUGUAAAAUUUUUGGGGAUUUUUUUUGAGGUUUAUAAUCUCCAUUGAAAAAAGCAUUUCUCUGCUACAGUGUUGAGUUUCAGCUGCAGAAUUGUUGGGGUAACAAAAAAAAAAAAAAAAGCAAAUCUAAAAACUGUAAUCAAAUUUCUCUGCUUUGAUCUUUGAUCCUUUUGAGCUAUAUUUAUCUUCCUUUGUCUCUCUAAUCCAACUUGAAUCAGUAAGAGAGUUUGGUGAAAAUUGAGGAGCAGAGAGUAUAUUUGGGAAUUUUGUGGGUAAUUAAGAAAAAAAAUGGAGGAGAAAGGUGGAAUAAGUCCAAGUGGGGUCGUCACAGUUAAGGGAGAUGAAGCUUUGGUUUCAAGAACAGAGUUUCAACAAAGCCCUAACUUUCUCCAAUUCGUGAGCCCCACGACGGUGGUAUCUCCUCCUCCGCCUCCACCUCCGGCUCCUGCUCCGACUACGACUCCGGCUUCAGUACCAGCCACAGUGACUCCUGGCUCAGCAGCGGCAUCGACGGGAUCAGAUCCGACGAAGAAGAAGAGAGGAAGACCGAGGAAGUACGCACCAGAUGGAAGUCUGAACCCUAGGGCGUCAAGACCAACUCUGUCUCCAACUCCGAUCUCAUCUUCGAUUCCAUUGUCUGGGGAUUACCAUCACUCCAACUGGAAACGAGGCAAAGCUCAGCAGCAGCAUCAGCCUGUCGAGUUCUUCAAGAAAUCUCACAAGUUUGAGUAUGGAAGCCCAGCUCCUACUCCUCCUGGGCUCUCAAUCUAUGUGGGUGCAAAUUUCAUGACCCAUCAGUUCACUGUCAAUGCCGGUGAGGAUAUAACAAUGAAGAUUAUGCCGUAUUCUCAACAAGGAUCUCGAGCUAUCUGCAUUCUCUCUGCAACUGGUUCCAUCUCUAAUGUCACUCUUCGUCAGCCUACUACUUCAGGUGGCACUCUUACAUAUGAGGGUCGAUAUGAGAUACUUUCGCUGUCGGGGUCCUUUAUGCCUAUUGAAAACGGAGGAACAAAAGGUCGGUCCGGUGGGAUGAGCAUUUCUAUAGCCGGACCAAAUGGCAAAAUCGUGGGCGGUGGCCUUGCUGGUAUGCUUAUAGCAGCUGGUCCUGUUCAGGUGGUAAUGGGAAGUUUCAUUGUGAUGCAUCAAGAACAACAAAAUCAGAAGAAGAAACCUCGAAUCAUGGAGUCUUUUGCUCCACCGCAACCACCAUUACAACCGCAACAACAACCUCCUACUUUCACCAUAACAACCGUGAAUUCAACUCCUCCAACGGUGGCCACCGUAGAGGAGCCAAAGCAACAACCCUACGGUGGUGGUGGUGGUAUAGUGAGACCGAUGGCUCAAGUGCCUUCUGCUUUCCACAACGACAACUCUACUAUGAACAAUUUCACAACAGCCUAUCAUGGAUAUGGUAAUAUGAACACAGGUCCUAACAAAGAAGAAGAUGAGGAUGACGAUGGUGGCGAUGAUGAUGAUUCAGGAGAUACUAGAAGCCAAUCUCAUAGUGGUUGAGCAACUCUCGGAUCAAUCAAUGUCAGAAAGUUUUCUUGUGUAGAAAGGAAAAAGGAGCUUAGACAAGGAUUCAGCUUUUCUUUGCUUCUUAGAGGUUUGUUUUAGUUGUGUGAGCUUCUGUGUGUUUUCUAAUCUUUAGGGGUUCUGUUCUUUGUGAUCGGUUUAGAUUUAAUUAUGUUGUACUCGUCGAUUAAACGAUGUUCUUAUUGUUGAGGUCAUUGGGAUUAAUAUUAUAUUUACCUGAGACUUUCGUGAUA